GUUCGCGCAUACUCUACUGGUCUCCUUAUUGUGUGCUUAAAUAACCUCAUCGGAGGCAACCCCAGUGGUACCGUUUAGAUAGAAGGUGAGAUUCCAAGUCCAUAUAUGGGCAUACAUUUUGUAGAAUGUCUGGAGCUCGGCCAAUAAAAUGUGUUGUUGUAGGUGAUGGUGCUGUUGGCAAAACAUGCAUGUUGAUUUCGUACACAAGUAAUGCAUUUCCCGGGGAAUACAUACCCACAGUUUUUGAUAACUACAAUGCUGGAUUCGUUGUAGACGGCAUCCCAGUUAGCUUGGGAUUAUGGGAUACAGCAGGACAGGAAGACUACGACAGAUUACGGCCAUUGUCAUAUCCACAGCUAACUCAUCAUUGUCCUGAUGUGCCGUACAUCCUAGUAGGAACAAAAGUUGACCUGAGAGAAGAUAAAGAGGUUAUACGUAAGUUGGCGGAGGUUGGGAAGGCACCAUUAAAGAAAGAAACUGGGGAGAAACUAGCAUCUAAAAUAAGUGCCGCAAAGUAUAUGGAGUGUUCCGCUCUGACGCAAAAGGGAUUAAAACAGAUAUUUGAAGAAGCAGCCAGGGUAGUCUUGGUGCCAGUGCCUAAACGCAGGGCAGGAAGACGAUGUAAAUUCUUGUGAAAAGAUCAAGAAUUACCUCCAAAUCUUUCCUAUGCGUUGUACAGUUUUCUGAUUUACUUAGAUACCUUCAACAUCAUUGAAGAAGUCGAAACAAAUCAUGUUUUGUAAACUAGUCAUUCUGGAUGUGUAACUGUGUGUGGAUUACUGUUGCAUAAACUGUUGGUCUUUUGAUUACUACGGUAGGUGCAACAUUUGGAGUGGCCAAUGUUUGUCGAUUUGGUUGAUGAAUGUAUUUUAUUCUCCGCAGGGUUUUCCAUCUUACAUCAUCUUUUCUUAUUGUAAUGCAUUGUAUUUGUUGCGCUAUUUAUCUUCUUUUCAUUCAUUCAUUGGUGAGUUUAUUUUUGUAUCACUGAUUUUGUUUACACUGCUGUAAAAGAAUAUUUUAAUUAUUUUUGUCAUCAAUAGAGAAUUGAUGUUUGUUUCUAAAUGUGCGAAGACUACAUAACGCUAAGUUUCGUUAAAAGUCUUACUGAUGAAUUGAUAACUGUACACUUGAUUAUGAGUUGCAAAUAUCUUAGCGUGGCAUGUAGGCGUGAGUGGCGCAGUCACCGGUUGAACGGCAUCAGACCUCACUAAUGUCUGACAGAAUAGUGUAUGUCUCGUCGGCAAGGUCAAUGCUGUGAAUUCGCAAAGUUCAUGCUUUCUUGCAAAGAGUUUCAAUGAAUAUUCAUUUUUGUGGUCAGGGUAACACUGUCAUCAAAGCCGUGUUUGCAUUGUCGGUAAAAAUCACCGACUGAUUUCAACAAGAUGAUAAACAUUGGGUAGAAAUAAACUCUGCCGUGAGUGGUUACUCUUUGAUAGCCGUCACGAUCUGACGUUCCUGCAAUUUGAUUGGCACCGACAACAAAUCUGCAUGAAGGUGAAAAACUACAUCGUUUUGUCAGACGUGUGUUGGGUUUGGAGCGACCUUGUCAGACUACAAAUAUCUAAGUGUUCAAGAGAAUAAUUAAAACGUCAUGUCGUAUUGUAUUUGUUAUAGAUUGUGUGUCAGUAAGCAUAUUUUUUUAUCCUGGUGGAUUUUCACUCCUGCAGGGCCGCAGUGACUGCCAUUUUUGGUAUUGACAAAUGUUUUGCUUGUGUUAUUUAUGUGUAACCUCUAUUUAUGUUGAACGAAACAAAAAAUUCAAUAUAAAUUGACAAAUUAACUUUAAUGAUACUAUUUUAUUUUAACUUGAGUUUUUAUGGAAAAAUGUUUUAUUUUAAAUAUUGCUUGAUCAUAUACAUCAGAAUACAUGUGUAGAACAUACUGUAUACGGGUUAUACAAUGCAACUUGUAGUUACACUGCCCUCUAUCAUCUUUAUUACUUUCGUUUUUUUUGGGGGGGGGUAUGUUAACAUAAACAGCAUCUUUGUUGUUCAAAGUGAGGGUGUGAGUUGCUUAGCAACCAGAGAAAUGUUUAUGACAAAUACCACUUUUAUUCAUUAUGCUUUAUCGUUUUUUAUAUUUUAUGAAAACUUAAAAUAUGUGUUGCAAUGAUUGAUAAAGGGAGAGAACUCGCCCUAAUAAUUAAACCACUGAUGGUUUAAAGAAUAUAGCAAUGUAAGGGCCAGACUGAUAUUUAUUAUUCAUAAGUCAUUACUGGUGAACGUCACUUCAACGUUUGGAAUGUUGUGAUAUUCGUGGUACAUGUCAUCACUUUAUGCGUGUUUGAACAGUAUAUGAACGGCAGAUGGUGUGACUGUACCGCUUUAUCAAAGCGAUUAUUAACAAAUCCUCCCAUGAUGCUUAAUCUUCGCCUUCAGAUUCCAUGACUCCACUCGUAUCAAUCAGCUAAAUGAAAAAAAUAAUACUACAGUAGCAUAGUGAACUUGACAUAUAUUGGUAUCUGUGAUUAUUUGAACUAUUAAGGUUGAACUAUCCUUAGUUUUGUAAGUUUUCGUUAGAUUUGUCAUGUAUGCAUGUGUAUUUCUCAAUAGCCAAAUUUCACAAAUUGGCUUCAGUAAUGACUAUGAGGAUUUCAAAAUCAGAGAUUGCAUCUAUGUCCCAAUUUGUUGAAAACAAGAUCCUAUUUUUUUUUAAAUUUAUUUUUUCAUAUAUUUUGUUUUAUUAUUUAUUUACAAAUUACCAAAAAAUAAAAAAAUGUAGUUAAAAUAAAAUAUAUGAAAUGAAAAAAAAAAAAUACCUGCCAUACUAUUAUUGUACAUCAGAUUAUCAUAUACCUCGUAUUGCUCGGCCUCAUAAUGCUAUGGGAAGUGCACCCUCACAUCAGGGCAAUAAUUUCCCACAUCAUGCCAGGCUUUAAUCAAUCAAAACAAAAUGCGUUAUUGUAAAUUACGUAGUGUGU